GAGAAUGGUGGUGGGCCAAGAAGAAAGAGUAGAGCGCCGGGUGAUAUUGCAUUCCGGGGGAAAUUCUGUUGCCAUAGUGCUAAAAAGGUACACAAAAGAUUGCAACAUUUGCAACUGCACCAUAAUCAUUUGAUACGACAGGAAACGAGGUUCAGGUAUUCAAGAGAGCUGUUGUGCAUUGUAUUCCCAGCGAUAAGUGCAUCCUCUACACACACACAAGUGGAGAGCAGCAGAUAAGGUCUUAUCGCUGGGCACGGAAGCAGUCCAACUUUCAUUCAACACUCACUUGUUACAAACAACUCUGUAUUCCUGUAAACAGUAAUUAAAUGCAUUGGCAGUGGGUACACAGAGCCAUGUCAGUCAAGGAAUCAAUCCUGUCUGGACUUGUGCGAGUUUAACGUAACGGAUAUAUUCAUGCAAACUCUAAAAGAGCACAUUGGUCGUAUUUUGUGAGUGACAUUUUUGGAAAAACUGGGAUAAACAGUGAGUCUCAUCCACCAAACCGUAAAAAGUUUCCCAAUUCCAACUUACCCUCAACAAUACUGCACAUAGUCGAAUGCCACCGUUGUCGUCGUUGCCCUACAUAUUUCCACACAACUCGACAAACAUCUUCAAAAAAGGGACUGAUUGAGAAAGCAGACAAAGACUCGGUUGAAAUAUCAUGCCCAUCAAUCAAUUGAAAAGAGAGUGAGAUCCACCAACUGUGCAAUUUCCAUUCAAGUGAGCAACAUCAUUUUCAAGGAGAAAGUGUUUAUGAGGAUUUUUAUGAGGAUUCAUAAGUGGCAAUGAUGCUUUCCGAGUGGGUCCCAUCUCCGGACUCGUCGUAUGCUUCAAGUCCCUCCACUUCCGGAGGGUCAGGAUCCCCAUCUCCUCCACGCUGUGAAAUAUCGCUGUUAGAACGACUAAUCCGCACUCAUCCGCUAUGGUUUCUACCCUCUCUGCAAAGAUCGGGAGCCUUGCAUCUCCUACAGGGCAGAGAAGUUGGUAAUUUCAUUGUUCGAAGUUCGCGUGAGCCAGACACAAUGGCCGUCUCUGUGAAGCUUCCUGGAAACCAGGUUGAGCACUAUCUCUUAAAGGCCAACGAGGAAAACCGGAUAUCUUUACAGGACUCGGAACAUUCCUUUCCAACAGUCCACCAAUUUGUUGCUCAUUACUGCAAUCAGAGCGAUGAAAUUCCAGUGUGUCUCCGUGUACCUUCUGCAAUUGCAGAGGCCACAACGAGACAACAGCUCAGAUCUUUGGCACUCUUAGGUCAAGAAUUUUGGACAAUCUCAUCAUCUCCGCCUCCCGUACAUCGAAAUGAUAUAGUCGUAAUUAACGAGCAGCAGACUAUCGAUGGAUCUCCAUCCGAUGCGGACUCUAGUCAAAGUCAUAGUCAUCCUUUGCCCUCGAAAUCAUCCGGAAUUGGGAGUCAAUCAAGCUCUAGUCAAAAUAGUCUUUGUGAUCUGGGAAAAAAACCAUGUCGACCCACGACUCUGCAACUAGGCCAAAGUCGGACACUGCUGACCCCACUCUCUGUUCCAAUCAUACCUCAAACCAACCGUUGGUUGGUCACUCCGACAACAACCACCAGCAAUAACAGCAUGGGGUUAUCUCAACCAUCUUCCGUUCAGUCGACGCCAUCAGAACAGUUGUCAUCCGUGAGUGACCGAAUCAACCUUCGCACAAAAGGAGGUCAUCAUCCUCAUCGACGGGCAAAGAAAAAUUCUGGUGGGAAGUCAAUCCAUUACAAGGAUACAGAAAUCAUCGACUUGUUCAAAGGCACACAAACCGUGUUUGACGACAAAGCCAGUGACUAUGAUGACGUAUGGCCAGCUUCAAAUCCACACACCCCCAGCACCCCCACCACUUCCCGAAGACUUUUCACCUUCAAACCCGACGUAAUUCCCUUGAACACUCCAGAUUGUCCGCAAUCCAGUCACCGACACCUAAAUCAGAGCAAAUCUCUCAGCCUCUGUGUCACUCCUACAAACGGAAACAUUUCGACUCCUGAAGAAAUAUUCAAAAGCAGAGGAUUUUCAACCAAUAUCAACAAUCGUUUGAGUCUCAAAAACAUCAAUAUCAAUUCCAUGACAGAACACGAGUGUUUGGAUAAUAAAAUGAUGAUGGAUAAGAGCAAAGGAAUCUAUUCUGAACCACUUGAUUCCAUAAACACUGCAAAAAAUAACAACUGUGGUGAGCAAAGGCAACAGCCAAAACUUAUCCACAAUCGAUGGUCUCAACCUGCACUCUCGCUCGUUGCCCCCUCACAAAGUAGUCAACGACAGAAUAAUAACAUUAAUAAUUUGCGACAAAAAAGAUACAGUUGUUGUGGGAGUAAGAGCAGCGACAAUCUGAAUGGCUUAGGAAUUAGGGAAAAAGACGAAGUUUGCGAUUCGAAUGUGACACUGAAUUAUCAAUCAACAAGGAUUCAACCAUCCUCGUCCUCCUGGCAGGUGGAUAAUUCUUGGAAAUUCUGCUGCAACCAAAAGACUGAUCAUCAACAACAAAAGCAAGAAGACAAACGCUCUCAAAAGGAAAAGAAUAACAACAACUUGAACAAUCUCAGAAUCAAAUUGGGAAUUUGCAGUGGCAAUAAUUUGAAUAGUAAAAUUGAGUUUCAACAACAACCACUGUCCCCUUCGCCCGAGAACUGGGACAACUUACUCCGACUCGUGCAAUUAGAGUCACUCCAGUUAAAUGAAGCCGAAUCCGAGGAGUCCCCACAGCCGUAUAUGGCUACACAUGCUAUUGAAAGUGGUGAAUCAUCAAUCCGAAAAAUUGUCGAGGGCUUGUCCAAAAAGCAGAAUGGCGUGUUUGGUCCAAUGCUGAACAGUUUCAUUUCGUGCACUCUCUCGGGAAAACUUCAAGAUCCGUUUAAAGUUCUCCGCAACAUUCGGCAAUUUAUUUCUGGUCUCAAAAACUACUUGGUGGGUGUGAGUCCGGAGAGCGAAAUGAUUCACCAAGAGAUCAAAAACCAAUCUGUAAAAUUAAGAUCAUCCGAGUUUCUCAACGUCGAUCUCAUUCUAGAAAAUAUUCUAGUGGACCUAGUUAUCAAACCACUGUACCUUCAUGUAAUGACACUUUUGCGAAAGGAGAACCAAAGCUCACUCAUUAUGUGUAACAAUGGAAGGCACGAUGAGAACCAAAGGCUCCACAGAAUUUAUGAUUCUUUUCAAGAAAACAUAUCCCCCAUUGCCAAACUCGAUCGAUGGAACGAGUUUGUUUGCGAGGUACAAGAAUUGGAUUCGACCCCUACUGAAUUCUUCUCACUGUUGACCUCCACCCUUGGAGAGGUCUGCUCAGUUGAUGUCGAGUCUCACGCUGAUUUUGUGGUUGGACUCCUGCCUCCCUGCAUAUCAGAGCGGAACAGUUACUCGCUGUCUCUCCUCCAGUCGGCAGUCUCAGCCCUCAAGGGCAAUGUCUCCGGUGGGUCCGACCCCGAUACCUUGGGUGGUAUUGGAAACCAGCGCGUUGUUGUAACCCCCGGUUGUGGGACGACUAGGAUACAAAAUAAGUUGACUUCUGUUAAAGUUAUCAUUCCGGAUGAAAGGAGUGGGACACUGAUCAGGAAAGUUGUCCCUAUUCGCGAAUCUGUGACCACAGUCAAAGACGUUGCCAAGCUCCUCUCUUGCAAAUUGGGCAUUACCAACACGCCUGACUAUGUUUUAGUCACUAUUCGUGGUGGUGAAGAGAGGAUUUGUCAAGAGAAUGACCUAAUUCAGCAAAUCCUGGAAAACGGGUCUGCUCAAGCUCUGGCUUACAGGAGAGUUGAUGCCAAAAUUGGAUGGCCCUUAAAAAUUGCAUGAUUUAUUUAUUUUCAACCUAUUGAUCCUGCUCAUUCAAAAUAUACAUAUUUACUUACAGUACAGCCACCGCUUACGAUGCACAUCUAUUUUAUGUAAUCAAAUAACUGCUGCACAUUAAGUAAUUUCUCAUCUACUUUGUUUUGAACAGAUUUUUAAAUAAAAAUAAAUUAUAUAAAUACGUAGCUAGUUUUCCUUUCCUUAUCUCAUACAUAUCUAUUUGCUCAUUUAUGAAAAACAUAAUUUGAGUCUCUGUCUCAUCUAAACCUUAUAUAUUUCACCAGCCAUAUAUGUAAACAAGUCUUUCGGUAUUUAAUGAGUUUUUGGUUAAAAGUCACUUUUCUCAUUGUCAGUAUUAUAAUUAUACAAAAGAUAAAAAUAAUGCAUUGAGUUCAAACC